UUAAAUAUACUUCCAACCCUCUCCCCUCUCUCCCCUCUUCCCUCUCCUUCUGGCCUCUCCUCUCGAGUUAGAGAGAACACACAAAAAAAGAAAAAAGAAAAAAGAAAGAAAGAAAGAAAGAAGCCAAACAAACAAAAAGCCAAAACUGUUGUGUUCUUCUCACAUUCUCACCUCCACUGCCAAAAACCCUAACUUACUCUCUUUUUUUUUACUCACUUUAUAGUAAAAAAAAAUCUUUGAUCACUCAUUUCUCUUACUUUUUUUUUUUUUUCCAUUUCUGCUUAAUAUUUAUUAUUUAUGUCAGAAUUCAUCAUCAUCAUCUCUUUAACGCCUAUCUAUUUAUAAGCUAAUUACAUUUCUAUACAUUCCCUAUCUCUUUAUCUCUUUCUUUUUUUGUUCUUUUCACUGAUAGAAAUAAGAAAAAAAGAAGAGAACUUGUUGUGGGAUUUUCUGUUCAGUAGUGGUUGUUGCUGAUUUCCAAUAAAGAAAUAAAGUUAAGGUCUUUCUGGUUUCUGGGUUUUUUGAGUAUCUAUCCAUGGCUGCGGUUGUUGAGAUUGCCAGUGAGGCUGCAGUGGCUGCCAAAAGCAACAGCAACACCACAACCAACAAAAAUGAUAACAACAAUAAUUUGGAUUCAGAAAGAAACCCAAAAUCAGAAUCUGAAUUCACUGUUCAAAAGCUUGUGGAUAUGUUCACCAAGUUGAAUCCUUUGGCUAAGGAGUUUUUCCCAUCAUCUUACAAUAAAAACAAUCCAAAACAAUUUCAUAUCAACAAUUUUCCAGUGCCUAACAAGCAAUCAGCCAAUGACAACUUCCCUAAAAGGCGAAGAAAUGACUUUAACCAGGGGAGGAGAAGGUUGAAUGGGAGAGCUUAUAGAGCCCAACGAGAAGACAGUAUUAGACGAACAGUAUAUGUUUCUGAUAUUGAUCAACAUGUAACCGAAGAGCAGCUUGCUGGCUUAUUUAGUGGUUGUGGACAAGUUGUUGAUUGCCGGAUUUGUGGUGAUCCGCGUUCAGUUCUUCGUUUUGCCUUUGUGGAAUUUGCUGUUGAGCAAGGGGCAAGAGCAGCUUUAAACCUUGGCGGGACCAUGCUAGGAUACUAUCCAGUCAGAGUGCUACCUUCAAAAACUGCUAUCCUUCCAGUGAAUCCUACAUUUCUCCCUCAGUCUGAAGAUGAACGGGAGAUGUGCACUAGGACAGUCUAUUGUACAAAUAUCGAAAAAAAGGUUUCUCAAGCUGAGGUCAAGAAUUUUUUCGAAUCAAUAUGUGGUGAGGUCACUCGCUUGAGGCUUUUAGGGGAUCAUGUGCAUUCAACUCGUAUAGCUUUUGUUGAAUUUGCUAUGGCAGAAAGUGCCAUAGUUGCGCUGAAUUGCAGUGGGAUGGUCCUGGGAUCCCAGCCUGUCAGGGUAAGUCCUUCAAAGACACCAGUGAGGCCACGAGUUACUCGCCUAGCAUUGCAUUAACUAGUCAGAGUCAAAGACCCUUGGAUGGAAUUCAGUGAUUUCCUGGUUGAGGGGAACUCCGUUGUGCCGAAGGGAUGGUGAAACUUUCCCUUGUCUCAGUGCUUCCAUCAUUUCCAUCGCAACAACUGAAACAUUUUAAUGUGACUGAAACAUAUUGUUGCCUGCUUCAAAUUGAAGUUUUUACAAGACUGUCUCAGUCUCCGAGAACUUUUUACCUUAAUUCCACCCCCCCUGUUCGAACCAUUUCAUCAGUUGACUUUGGUAAUUGUAGUGGUUCUGAUCACGGUUAAAGACGCCUAUAACUUGAGCAAGUAAUUUCUUUUAUUCAAUUUACUGCAAAUAAUUUGCAGUGGUAAUUUGGUACCCAA